CAUGAAUUAUUAAAAUGGAUUCACUAAAAACAUAUGAAGUCUUGAAAUCCGUACUUGUAUUUCUGGUCGUGAUUUUGUUACUUCAUUGGAUUUGGACGCGAAGAAAAAUAUAUAAUUUUGGCCUAAGAUUUCCGAUUGUAUUUGGUUUCCCAAUAAUUGGUUCGUUACACAAAUUAAAAAACGUUGACAAUUUAAUGACAGCGUUCGGCGAAAUCUUGAAUGCCUGCAAAAGUCAUACCGUUUGCUUUUGGUGGGGAUUAUUUCCAGUCAUAUUAACAGCUGAUCCAGAUAUUGCUUUAAAUGUUUUUCGUUCCCAAGAAUUACUUAACAAAGCAAAAAUACUAUACUAUCCAGUUCGUCAUGUAUUUAAGGGUGGAUUAAUUGCAAGUCCUGCAACUGAAUGGGUCCAUAAUCGUAAGAUGAUUAAUCCAUCGUUUACAAAUAAAGUACUUGUAAGUUUCUUUCCAAUAUUUAAUAAAGCCAAGGACGAUCUGAUAGAAAGAUACAGCGUUCUCGUGGAUAAUAAGGAACACAAGAUUUUAAAGUCGUUACAAACAUUGAGUUUAGGCAUAACCGUAGAAACAACAAUGGGUAAGGUGAUGUACAGAGGUGAACAAGUAUCGAAAGGCUUAGCGCCUUUAUAUUCUUUUGUGAUGAAUAUUCUUUCGGCUAAAAUAUUGAUGUCUUUUUUGAAACUCGGUUUUAUAUUGGAGCUGUAUCCUAAAUUUAGAAAAAAGAGGGAACAAAUAUAUCAGUUCGUGAAUGAAUUAAUUCAAGCUAAGCUAAAAAGAGGUAUAAAUACAAGCAAUAACAACUCAAAUACGGAGACAAGUGAUCUUAACAACAUAGCCUCAAAUUCUGCAAUACCUUCAAUACGGAAAGAACCAAAAAUAUUUAUUGAUCAAGCUAUAAAAUUAUACCAAAAUCAACAAUUUACAUGGAAUGACAUAAUUAGUGAAUCCAUUACAAUUGUUUCAGCUUCAUUCGAGACCUCUGCUAAUGCCGUCUACUCUACUCUUGUCAUGUUGGCAAUGCAUCCAGAAGAACAACAGCGAUUAUUUGAAGAAAUUUUAGAUGUGUUCCCAGAGAAAGACUUUUAUGUUGACUUUGAUCAAUUAAACCAACUGCCAUAUUUGGAGCUCGUAAUAAAUGAAACGCUUCGCUUAGCUCCUUCAGUUCCCUUAAUAGGACGUCACGUCAUGAAGGAUACUCAAAUCGGUGAACAUGUUUUUCCCAAAGAUAGUCAAAUAUUAAUUUCAAUAUUUCAUCUUCAUCGGAGGACUGAUAUUUGGGGUCUAAAUGCAGAUAAAUUUGAUCCAGAACGUUUUUCAAUAGAAAAUUUUGAAGAAAAGCAGAAAAAUGCCUAUAUUCCCUUCUCAAAAGGGCUUAGAAAUUGCAUUGGAUGGCGAUAUGCUUUAUAUACAAUAAAAGUCUUGUUAUGUGGACUCAUACGAAACUAUAAAUUUGAAACUGAUUUUAAAUUCGAGGAUUUAAAGUACACCAGUAAUGUAUCAUUGAAAUACAUAUUAGAACCUGAGUUAAGGUUAAGUAGAAGAUCGGAAGAUAUUAUAAAGUAACUCGUAUUGUGUCUGUGUAUGUACGCUCUCAAA